GGCCCUUCCACUGCUCUCACCCGCUCCCUCCUGCUCUGUACUUUUCCCACUCUUGUAAAGCUGAAAGCAACCAUACCCUGGCCCUUUCCUUGCCACCCCUCUCUCUCCCCAGCCCCUUUCUCCUAUUUAGUCUCUUCCCGUUCCUCAUAAGAAUUGUAGGGAGCCUAGAAAGAGCAACAACAGACCUAUAGUCACUCAUUGGAGUUGCAGUACUAGCUCUCACAUCAGAGAUCUCUCUCUCUCUCUCUCUCUCUCUUUCUUUCUCUCUCUCAUACACACACACACAUAAAAAGUUCUAAUACAUGAUCCAAGUUCACUGUUGCUAUUUCUUCCAACAAGUCUAGCUCAAGUACCUCUCUGUCUAUCUCUCUUCCUAUUAUUUAAUAGCUCAAGUCUAUCAAUGUAUGUCAUUGUGCUAAGGUGAACAGAGGUUGUGAUCCUCUUAACCUGCACAACUUGUUUAACUUUGUUCCCUUCAUAUUUAAUGUUCUCCAAUGGAAUCCAUGUGAGUAAUGGGAUGGUUAGAAAGCCCCAGAUCAGUCUCUCUGCUCCUCUUCUGGUGCUGCAGUUGUCUGUGAGUACUAACUGGUCUUCGGUUCAUAACCUUUUUGGCCUCGUUUUACACCCUCCUCCUUCAUCCUCUGUUCUCCGUUCCUUCAACUUUUCCAAGACUUUUGCUUUGCUUGGCUGCUUGGAGAUUGUCAAGAUGGGAUCUUUUUGAUCUGGCCAGUCGAUAUGGCAUUGCAUGAAUCUUCGCAAAACAGGGUCUUGAAUUGGGGAGCAGUUGCUCUUGUUUUCAGUUUCUUAUGUUUUUGUUGUUAAAACCCAUGCCUUUGGAUUAUGUUUUGCCUUAGUAGUGGUUCUGGUCUUCUUAUUAAAUUUUUUUUUCAGUGGGAGGUGUUUUGGUAGUUGUUGCAUGGGAUGAUGCACUGGUGAGGAUAGUAGUUAGUAUUGGUUCAGAGCUCAAAGAUGUGUGUGGGUGGCCGGAAGAUGAGAUAAAUAGUAGAGGGAAGGAGAGAAAGGAAGCAAGGUAAAUAUAAGAAAACAAGAGAGUGAGAGAGAGAUAAAAGAAGGAGAGUAUUAGAAGAAUUGAAAAGGAACUGCUUUCAUGGAUUGGGAUUCCAAAAUUUCUCCAUGGGAUUUGCCAGAACUGGAGCAACAUGCUGAACCCAAUAUAGGCUCGGUUGUCGGGUCGAGUGGCAGCCUAGGAAGAAGCCUGACUGGUGGAGUGGAAUGCUCAGUGGAUCUGAAACUUGGGGGACUUGGGGAAUUCCGGCCAUCAGAUAGGUGGAAAGAGCAACUGCCAAUCUCGAGUCCGGUGUCAUCGUCGAGGUCAUCUAAGAGGGCUCGAGCUCCAAGCGGCGCUGCGCAGAAUGUGUCAUGCUUGGUUGAUGGAUGCAAAUCUGAUCUUAGUAACUGCAGGGAUUAUCACAGGCGCCACAAGGUCUGCGAGGUCCACUCCAAGACUCCGAUGGUGAUGGUCGGCGGCCAGGAGCAACGCUUCUGCCAGCAGUGCAGCAGAUUUCAUUUGCUGGUGGAGUUUGACGAGGUAAAGCGAAGCUGUAGGAAACGACUUGAUGGACACAACAGACGCCGAAGGAAGCCUCAGCAAGAAUCUAUAAAUUCUGGGAGUAUGCUCCCAAAUCACCAUGUGACCAGGUUCUCGGCAUAUCCACAGAUAUUCCCAACUGCUACACCAGAGACCAACUGGGCUGGGAUUGUUAAAUCCAAGGAAGACGCACUGUAUGCCCAUUACCCACUCCUGCAUUGCAUGGAUAGGCAGCAACAGCUCGGCUCCUUUCCCCGCAGCUUCAAAGAAGGGAAGCAGUUCUCCUUCAUGCAGGACAGUGACACUGCCUUCAGCAGUAGAGCAACACUGGAGCCGUCUAUUUGUAGGCCACUCAAGACCAACUCUUUGGCAGAAGGCAGCAGCAGCAGCAGCAAAUUCUUCUCUGAUAGAUUAACCCAAGUUCUUGACUCUGAGUGUGCUCUCUCUCUUCUGUCAUCACCAACUCAAACCUCAGGUGUCAAUGUGGGCCAAAUGGUGCCAGCUGAUAGGAUCCCAAUGGGUCAGCCUUUGGUCUCAACUAUUCAGUACAGUGAUCUUGGAAGGUACUCCGGUUCGCAGGCUUCAAACAGUGUUUCUCCAACGGGGUUUUCUUGUUCAGGGAUCGACGAUGAGCACGUAGCUACUGUUUUGGUUUCUGAUGCCAAUGAUGCUCAUCUUCACUGCCAGAGUAUAUUUCAUGUUGGGGGAGAAGGGCCCUCAAGCUCUCAAGCUCUGCCCUUCUCUUGGCAGUAGGAAAUCCUUUCGUAAUUUUCCAUCCUUUUAAAUGAACUCCUACCUUCGGUUGCUGAGUCUUUUGGAUUUGGAAUGAUCUCUGUGCCAUGCACUAGGCUGCAUAAAUAACAAUUCUGUUCUACUUUGUGACAUC